AUGGCUGCCAGUGUUGUUAAGAAGCGGAAGUACAAUGAUAAAUACAUUAACUGCGGAUUUACAUCAAUCCUCGCUGAUGGCAUCGAGAAACCUCGGUGUGUGUUGUGUUUCAAAGUGUUGGGGAACGAUUCCAUGAGGCCUAGUAAGCUGAAGUAUCAUCUGACGACAAUCCACCCCCAGUAUGCGGAGAGAGACCCCGAUUUCUUCAAGCGCCAUGAACGGAGUUUGGGAAAACAGAGACCGGAUGAGAGUGUUGCCUUCCAACAACAGAACCUAAGUGUAGUUGAGGCAUCAUAUGAGGUUUCCAUUGAAAUGACUAAGAAGAAGAAGGCCCACACGAUUGGUGAAACUUUAAUUAAGCCGUGUGCUUCAAAGAUGGUAAAGCGGGUUCUUGGAGAGGCAAGUGAAUGUAAGAUUUAG